GUGAAGUAGACUCAUAGUAGAUGUCCGUGCUACUCAGAACUCACAAAGCUUUGAGAGGGUUGCAAGCCUGAACUGAAACCUGAACUGGACUCGGACUUGAGAGUGGAUCUAUCAUGACUGCAAGGAUCCAGGGAGCGCCGGGCCGGGACAAACCAGCCCCAAAGAGCCGAGCAACAGACAUGAUGGUGAGGGUCAGGAGAGCUCUGUGGCUGGUACUGGGCAUGCUCAGUCUAUCCCUGCUGCUGGUGGUGCUGGGAGUCUACACAACCACCCGAACAGAGAGCCUGAAUGUGACUGGCUACAUCUCUGGAGUUAUUAUGACCCUUGGAUCAUUCCUGGGACUUCUGGGACUGCAUCUGGAAGAAAACCGCAAAAAGCUGCUGACGGCUGCGAUUGUAUUCCUUAGCUUCGGGAUCGUCACCUCUUUUGUGUGUUUGGUGAUUGAUGGCGUCUGUAUUGUCUUAAACAUGGACAUGCGUCCAAUGAAAGCAGAGAGAUGCCAGUAUUACAGCAGCGGCAGCAGCUACGUCUAUGAGAAUUUCUACACCUCUGUGUCGUGUUGGAGUCCAAAGGAGUCUUGUAAUAUUACGGUACGAAGUGGGACCUGCUACUGCUGCGACCUGUACGACUGCGCCAAUGGAGGCUACCUCAGCAACUACUACGAGUAUGUUGGAGUACAAAGCUGUGAGGAAGUUUUCACUCUGUACAUUUUAAUUUGGAACCUCACUGGCCUGAACCUCGUGGCCUUCUUCACAGGCAUCCUUACGACAGCCGUGCUGGACAGCAUCAAGGACCUGAGGAGUAGCGGCCCUGUGACCGAGCCCUCUGAGAGCACAGCAUCUUCCCCGACAGCUCCUCUGCUGAUGGACGUCGCCAACACACACGCAGUUCACCAGCUCCACCCAGUCAGUGGAGCCUCCAUGUAUUUCCCUCCAGCAGAAGGGACGGCCGCCUCGCAGAGUUCUCAUCCUUCAUCGACUCCUCACACUGAGUCGAAUCCUCCUCCCUUCGCCCCGCUGACCAGCCUGCUGCCUUACAGGGCCCACAGCAGCUCUGCAUGAGCACAGCAGCAGCAGCAAAGAGCAGCAUUUUACCAGAAAAUGACCAGAAAACAAAAGCAGAAAGAACAGAAAGGGAUAAACAGAUCGGUUUAAAUUUUUUUGUUGAUGUUGUGAGGAUGAGAGGAACUAUAACAGGCACAACUAAAAGAAAGAUAUGUUGCUCUGAAUAUUAUGCAGAAAUGCAGAUUUUGUUUUAUAGAAAUCCAAAGGCGGAUGUUUCAAUUGUAUGCAAAGAUUAUAACAUAUUUUACUGUAUUUUGCUCAAAAACAUAAACAUCUGAAGUUGUAAAAUGUAUUUACAUGAAAUGUUAUCUGUUAUAAAUGUGUCGACUGCAUGCACAUGCUGUCUAGGCUAUAGCACAAACUUUAACUUUCACAAACAGUGAAAUCAUACACAAUAGUUAAAACCUUAUUUGAACAUAAAUGAAAUGUAUCAUUUAUAAUAUUGAUAGCAUGGUGUUCUCACACAACCAAACGUAGUACAACACACAAGGUUUUGUAAUAAAUAUUAGGUUUGUGUGUGUUGAAGUUUGAUUUAUGCCCUAUAAGGCCUCUCAAACGCAUGAUUUAAAUACAAACAUGUAAUGUUUAUUUUACUAACUGUUGUCCUGUAGAGUACAUUUUGCUUCACUUCAUGUCAAACUUUUUAUAAUGUGUCUGAUUAAACAAUCAUUUAAAAAAGGUUUUUUUAUGGCAAUGGUUUUUU